AUGACUAAAGAAUAUGAACCUUCUACUUAUGAUCAUCACGAAUUGAAUUAUAAUCAAAUUGCUUUGGGUUGUUUUGCAAUUUGUCAACUAAAAGGAGCCAUUUUCUCCGUUUUUGUUAUUGCUAUUACAACUGCUGAAGUUGCUAGUGGACUCGCUUUUGUUUCAUCAAUUUAUCCAUGUCUACCACGUAAGGUUUUUCUGGUCCAAGUGUAUCUUUUCUUUACCGCAAAAAAAUUUCCUUGAUUAACAAUAAUUGUAGUUUUACCAAUAUUUGCAUGUUCCUUUAUUUUAUUUCUUCUACAUAAAGGAAAUAGGGUCAUUAGGUGGUAUACUAUAUGUAUAUGCAUGUUAGAACUUCUUCUAACAAACUAUGCAUUCUGUUAUAAUUUUCAACCGGACAAUCCAUUAAUCCAACUAGUAGAGGAUUAUAAAUGUAUCAAUUUUUCUGAUUUCCGUUGGAUAUUAGGAAUAGAUGGACUGUCUAUAGGACCCAUUUUAUUAGCAGGAUUUAUCACUACUCUCGCUACUUUAGUAGUCUGGCCUAUUAAUCGGGAUUCUCGAUUAUUCCAUUUUUUUAUGUUAGCAAUGUACAAUGGUCAAAUAUGAUCAUGUCUUCUCAUAUCCUUUUAUGUUUUCAUCAUGUGGAAAUUAUAAUUAAUGGUUUAUCUACUUCUAUCCAUGUAGGGAGGAAUGAAACGUCUUUACUCAGCCACACAAUUUAUUUUGUACAUGACGAGAGGUUCCAUUUUUCUCUUAAUGGGAGUUAUGGGUGUUGGUUUAUAAGGUUCUAAUGAAGCAACACUAUAUUUUGAAACAUUAGUGACUCAGUCAUAUCCUGUCGCUUUGGAAAUAAUAAUCUAUAUUGGAUCUUUUAAUGUUUUUGCUAUCAAAUUACCGAUUUGCCUACAUACAUGGUUACCAGAUAUCCACAUAGAUGCACAUUACAGUACAUGUAUGCUUCUAAAAAUGGGAGCGUAUGGAUUGAUCUGGAUUAAUAUGGAAUUAUUACGACACGCUCAUUCUAUAUUUUCUCCUUGGUUGAUGAUAGUAGGUACAAUACAAAUCAUCUAUGCAACUUCAUCAUCUCCCGACCAACGCAAUUUAAAAAAAAAAAAAAGAAUAGCCUAGUCCUCAGUAUCUCAUAUGGGUUUAAUACUUAUAUGAAUUGCUUCUAUAAUCGAUACGGGACGCAAUGGAGCUAUUUUACAAAUAAUAUAUCAUGGGUUUAUUGGUGCUGCACUUUUUUUGUUGGUAGGAACGAGUUAUGAUAGAAUAUGUCUUGUUUAA